AUGGGAAACAGAAAAAGCACUCGUCGUACUAGUUUGCCUCCUCCUGCUCCUCCUCCGAUACCUCCUCCUAGGUUUACUGAUAUACCAAUUACUUCAACUUCAACAACUAUUUAUCCACCAAUGCUACCACGCCGACGUCAACGAAACCGUCUUCUUCCUAAAAUCCGUGCCAUUUUUAUACCCCAGGCUCCUUCGGCUGGAGUUUGUGCCUUACCAAUGGCUGUUGCAAUGCCAGUAACAUAUCCAUGUGCCAAUUUCGGUAUCGCAGGAUACGGAGUCAAUGGAUAUGGAGGAUAUGGAUAUGGGUAUGGAGGAUAUGGAUAUGGAUAUGGAUAUGGAGGAUACGCAUGUUGCUGUUGUUGCUAA